CACUCUCAAACUCACCAUUUUGUGGGUUCAUAACCUAAAGCCCAGUUUGCCAAGAACAGUAGUCAGGCUCAGGGCCCUUCACAAUACACCAUUAGUUCACUUUCUUACACACUCUAAUUUCAAGCCCCAUAUCAAAAUAACAAUGUUAAAUUGUCAAUUAAAUCUUGUAACUUUCAAUUAAGAACCAUUCAAAAUCUAUAAAUUUGCUUUAUUUUGAAUAUUUGACAUUUAUUCAUACUUUACACUUUGUAGUAUUAUGAAAUUUUGCUUCUUGUUUAAACACAAUUACAUCAAAAUUCUUUCUCCUACAAUUUUCAACACCUUGCAACCCAGAUCAUAUCAUCAAAAUCAAUGGAAAAUAACUCCAACCCAUCUCAAUUCUCUACUAAAUACAGCAACCCAGAACAAGAAAUGCUUCAAACAAGCUACUCAAAUUCAUACCCAGAUCAUAAUCAACCAUUAUACUACCCUCCCUUUCCUCCUUUGUAAUCUCCUAAAUUUAUAUGCUAAAUCUGGGCAUUUUAUUCAAAGUUUAAUCUUGUUUUCUAAUAUUGAAGAUUGCUAUAAAAAUGUAAUCACUUGGACUUCCUUAAUUACUCAUUUAUCUCAUAAUAAUUUACCCAUUAAAGCUAUAACAUUGUUUAAUCAAAUGAGGGUUUCUGGGGUUUACCCUAAUCAGUUUACUUUUUCUGCAAUUUUACCUGCUUGUGCUAAUUUAAAGGACCUUUUUUCUGGGGUUCAAAUGCAUGGGUUGAUUAGUAAACAUGGUUUUGAUAAUCAUGUUUUUGUUGGGACUGGAUUGGUGAAUAUGUAUGCAAAAUGUGGUGAUAUGUUGAGUGCACAGAAGAUGUUCGACGAAAUGCCUGAAAGAAACCGAGUUUCUUGGAACUCUAUGAUUGUUGGGUUUUUAGAUAAUGAGAAAUAUGAUGAAGCACUUUUAGGUUUCAAGGGGGUUCUUUGUGAGAAAUCAAUAGUUCCGGAUGAAGUUACUGCUUCGAGUGCCUUGACUGCUUGUGCUAACAUGAAUGGUGGUUUAGACAUUGGAAAGGAAGUCCAUAGUGUUGUGUUUAAGCGCGGAUUAAUAGCUUCGUCUUAUGUUCAGAAUUCUCUUAUGGAUAUGUAUUGCAAGUGUGGAUCAUCUGAAGGUGCUGUUAUAUUAUUUACGAGUUUUGCUGAAAAGGAUGUGGUUACAUGGAAUGUGAUAAUCACAGGGUUCCUCCAAAAUAAUAACUUUGAAGAAGCUUUAAAGUAUUUUGUGAUCAUGAGGAGCCAAACCAUAUUGCCUGAUGAGGCAUCAUACUCUACUGCUGUCAAUGCUUGUGCCGGUCUUGCAGCUCUGAAUCAGGGGACAAUGAUACAUAAUUUGAUCAUGAAAAGUGGGUUUGAGGAAAACAUGUCUCUAGCUAACACAUUGAUCUCAAUGUAUGCCAAAUGUGGGAGCUUGGUGGAUGCUCACAGGGUGUUUCGAGCAGUAAAUGACCCAAAUGUUGUAUGUUGGACAGCUAUAAUUUCAGCUUUCCAGCAGCAUGGAUGCUCAAACCAAGCAAUUGAAUUGUUCGAAAACAUGUUGCAGCAGGGAAUAAGGCCUGAUUAUAGAACUUUUGUAUGUGUUCUUUCUGCAUGUGCUCAUACUGGUAAAGUAAUGGAGGGAUUUGAUUACUUCAAUUCAGUGGAAUCAGUCCACAGGAUGAAACUUGGUCAUGAACACUACGCUUGCAUGGUUGACUUGCUUGGCCGUGCAGGUCGUUUGGAAGAAGCUAAGAGGUUUAUAGAAUCAAUGCCUAUGGAUCCAGGUCCAUCUGUAUGGGGAGCAUUGCUUGGGGCCUGCAGGAAUCGUGGGAAUCUUGAAAUAGGCAAAGAAGCAGCUGAAAAACUUUUCCAGAUUGAACCUAGUAACCCAGGAAAUUAUGUGAUCCUUGCCAACAUUUACACGCGUAAUGGAAAAUCAGAAGAAGCCGAUGAAAUUAGGAGACAAAUGGGAGUUAUAGGGCUGAGAAAGGAGCAUGGAUGCAGCUGGAUUGAUGUGAACAACACCACCUUUGUAUUUACUGCAAAUGACAAGUCACAUUCAAGAACACACGAAAUCUAUGCUCUACUAAGAAAGUUUAAGGAACUAUUGAAGAAAAGAGGCUAUGUAUCUGAGACCCAAUUCGCUACAAAUGACACAGAGCAGAACAAAGAGCAGAGUUUGUGGCUUCACAGUGAGAAAAUAGCACUUGCAUUUGGGCUACUAGCCCUUCCUGUUGGUGCUCCGAUUAGGAUAAAAAAGAAUCUGAGGACUUGCGGAGAUUGUCAUACAGUUAUGAAGUAUGCUUCCGAAAUCUUCAAUAGAGAGAUCAUAGUUAGAGAUGUCAAUAGGUUUCAUCAUUUUUCUGGUGGCUGUUGUUCCUGUAAAGAUUAUUGGUGAAUCAGAAUAUCAAAUUAA